UAUCACAAAAAAUCGUGUUUAGUUGGGUUUUUAUCUUGUGUUGUAAAUCAGAGUUGCACAACAAGACUCAAAUUUGAUAAACAACAAUUUAUAGCUUUGGAUCUAAUUCUUAAACAUGUUGCGCACGGAAUUCCUACUGGUUGGGCACUUGAUUUCAUCAAAACAGACCGGUUUUCGAAUCCCCACAAAAGCAAAAAAAAAUUUUUUAACACAUAUCACCCCCAAACCCUACUUACUUUCAGACGCCCCCAACCCCUCCAUUUUCUCUCGAACGAGAGGCGCCACUCUCCCCAAUCCAACCAUAAACGCCUCCCGCCUCCGCCAUCCGCCCUCCCGAGCCCCGCCUGCCCAGCCGUCGCCGCGAGCCUCGCCUGCCCAGCCCGCCGCGGCCCGACCCUGCCGCCGCCGCCACUCCGACUCCCCGCCAUAGGUAUGUUGUCUUUUGUGGGAUUUGCUUAGUAUUGAGGACAUAUCUCUUUUUUCUGGUUUUUAGUUCUUAUAGUAGUAAAUAAACGCGUUUUUGUUUCUUGUUUUCAGCUUUCAUGAUUUUUUAGAUUUAUCAACUAAACAGGUUUGUGUUUUCUGUUUUUUUCGUGUUGUGGUUGUAAAUCUGUUUACAUAACACAACUGCAAUCACAACAACAACAAAAUGAUACUAAACGGGAACUUAAGUUUAGAGCUUUGAUUUUGGUGUAGGGAGACUGGAAGAGGUUGUUGGCUUUAUUGAAAGUUUUUUAUUUUUAUUUUUAUGGGAAGCUUUAUUGAAAUUGACCAACGCCAUUGGCUUCGCCGCUUCGGUACAACGAUAAACAUUGUUGGGAUUUUUCCAGAAAUAGCACUAUUUAAAAAAAUAUUCCAAAAAUAGCACCCAACUCGAAAAAAUGUCAAAAAUAGCACUCUUUCCCAAAAACCGCCACCCAAACCAGCGGUUUAGGAAAAAACCGCACCCCGAGGGCGCGUUUUUCUAUGAAAACCGCACUGGUUUGCAAACCGCAUGGGGCCGGGGCGGUUUGGUUGCAAACCGCACCCCCACCAUGCGGUUUGUAAUAUAUAUUGUUUUCCAAAAUAAACAUCACAAGUGGUCUUGGCACAAUUGGUUUAGUUGUUUAUUGUAUGCAAGUGGUCCUGGGUUUGAAUCCCCACAAACUCAUUUGAAUUUUUAUUUUAUUUUUUAGAGAUUGAAAAAAGCAACAUGUUGUGAGAGUGAUGGAUCGAACCAAGAUAAUAAAUAUUUUACUGAAUUUAGCACAACAUCUACACCACUCAACUACAACUCUUCUCUUGAAAAAAUAAUAUAUUGACAAACUUUUACUCCUCGAAAGCUAAAAGUCUUCAAUAACUUUAAACAAACAUAACUUUGUGCUCCAAAAUCCGAACGUCAUGAACUUUUUUUUUAUUUUGCAUAACUUUUUGAGGACUACAAUAUUAUUCAAGAAUAAAUGGAUGCUAGUUUUAGCCUCUGCAUAGCAUCCAGGAACAUUAUACUAUGACUUUGGUGUUUAAUACAUCUCACAUGUUCAGUAAUAAUACUCAAAUUAAUACCAUCAUAAUCUGAGAUUUACAGAUCACAUAUGAUAUGAAUCAUCAUUUGAUAUACUUAAUCAUUUCCAUUGAGUACAAUUAUCGCCCAAUACAUCAAACACAACUAAUGGUAAGAUGUCAUUUGCAAAAAAGAAAGCCUAAUGAUUAGAUGUUCAAAUUAUUUCAUCCGCUAUAAUACUUUCACUCGCAACCACAUGGUUACUUGGGUGAAAAUGGAAGUGCUCUUUGCUUUCUAUACUUCGCCCCUAUCAUAAACUAGGUACCAUAAUUAAAUAGAACAAUGGUCAAUUUAGCAAACGGGAAUAUUUUUCUACUUUGUUUUAUUUUGCAUAACUUUUUGAGGACUACAAUAUUUUGCAUAAAUCUUGUUUUGAAAAUUCAUUCCUAGUAAAAAUUGUAGUUCUCAAAAAGUUAUGCAAAAUAAAAAAAAAGUUCCUAACGUUCGGAUUUUGAAGCACAAAGUUAUGUUUGUUUAAAGUUAUUGAGGAUUUUUAGCUUUCGAGGAGUAAAAGUUUGUCAAUAUAUUAUUGUUUUAAGAGAAGAGUUGUAGUUGAGUGGUGUAGAUGUUGUGCUAAAUUUAGUAAAAUAUUUAUUAUCUUGGUUCGAUCCACCACUCCCACAACAUGUAGUUUUUUUUAAUCUCUAAAAAAUAAAAAAAAUUCAAAUGGGAUGGUAGGGAUUUGAACCCAGGACUUCUUGCACACAAUAAAUGACUAAACCAGUUGUGCCAAGUCCACUUGUGAUAUUUAUUUUGGAACAAAAAAUAUAUAUUACAAACCGCAUGGUGGGGGUGCAGUUUGCAACCAAACCACCCCGGCCCCAUGCGGUUUGCAAAAUCGCACCCUACCAGUGCGGUUUUCAUAGGAAAACGUGCCCCCGGGAUGCGGUUUUUGCCUAAGUCGCUGGUUUGGGUGGCGGUUUUUGGGAAAUGGUGCUAUUUUUGGCAUUUUUUCGAGUUGGGUGCUAUUUUUGGAAUUUUUUUUAAAUAGUGCUAUUUCUGGAAAAAUUCCUACAUUUUUUAUAUUUUUCCUUUUUCUAUAUUUUUUUCAUUUAUUCUUCUUCUUCAAAAAGGUUUUAUUGUUGGAAAAGGGAUAAUGAUUGAGAACGUCAUGAUUUUCAUAAAUUUUCUUAUCCUGCAAUUUUGGUGGUUAUGCUAUUCGAGGCGCACAGAUGGGCUGAGCAUGAAAUAAGCCACUCUUGUAGCGACGCGUAGGAUAGGAUGCACCUUGAACUGUGUGCUACUGCCACUGGGUAUACUGACAGUGUGAAAUCCUGUCGAGGAAGGAGAUUAGGUAAAUAAAUAGUGUAUAAAAUAGCGGUUAAUGUCAUACUUACAUUUUUUUUCUUGUUACACACAGAUUCAGCUUGAUGGUCUCAAAAUCAAAAUAUUAUUAGGCUUUUUCCUUCCAAUGACAUUAUGUAGUCACUUUUAAAGCCUACACACCAUUACUCUUACAAGCUUAUUUACCAACGGCCACCCAGAUGAAAAAUUAUCCGGUUAUGGGAAAUGUGGGUGGGAGUGUAGUUGGCUUUGAUGACGAUGUUGGGCUGUUGGCUACUUCUGGGUAGAGAAAUUGGAAUUCUGACUCUUGGAACUGCCAAAGGGGGUGGAGCAAAUAAUUGGGUUCUACCAAUUGAGUGUUGACAGUUGAAAGCACAAUCGAGUUCUACGAAUUUAAUUAUUAGUAGAGGGGAAAAUUAGGUUUUUGUGGCAUAGCUUCCGUCUCUUGGCCACACCAAAACCAGGAAAAAUAACAAGAGACAAAUGGGGAACGGGGAAAGUACAUAGUUCCACUUUAAACAUAACUACGUAAGGGAAUUAGUUACUAUGACAACAUUCUUGUGUUGUUAGGGUGACAACACUAGUCUUCAACAAAUAGAAAGUUAGAGAUGUGAUGACUUUUUAUUAGUUAAAUUGACCUAGGGUAAAAUCAAAGCAGGAGUAUAAUUGUCAUUAUAAAAAUUAUGUUUAGAUAAUAAUAAAAAAUUAAAUAUUAAUAAAAAUAAAAAUUAAAUAUUUAAACAAUAUUUUUUAAUUUCCUCCCCAAAAUUUCGUCGCCGGAAUUCGGCCACUGGUCGUCGGAAUCUGGUCACUAGGCACCGGAAUAUGCUAUUUUGUCGUCGCAAUAUGCCCACCGUCGCCAGAAUCCAAUAACCGUGGUCGGAAUAUGCUUACUGGCGUCAAAACCUACUCAUCGAGACGGAAUAUGUUUAUCGGUGCAGGAAUCCGGUCACCCACGGUCAUCGGAGUUUGGUCAACGACCACCGUAUAUUAUGGUCUGCAUUGUGAGAUUUAUGGUUUGGUUUCUCGUGUUUUUUGUAUGCUAUUUGUGGUUUGUUUUAUCGUGUUACUGGUUUGCAUAAAGAAGUUUCUGGUGUGCUUUAAAAAAAAUGUGUGGUGUGUUUUGAGGGGUUUCUGGUUUGUUUUAAUGAUUUGUAGUCUGCAUUAGGAUUUUUGGUUUGCUUUUUGUGAUUUCCUUUACGGUGUUUGUGGUUUGCAUUAUGAGGUUUCUGGUGGGCUUUCAAAAAUUUUGUGGUUUGUUUUGUGGGGUUGUUGGUAUGUUUUAGGAGAUUUGUGGUCUGCAUUAGGAUGUUUCUGGUUUGCUUUUUGUAGUUUGCUUUACAUCGUUUCUAGUUUGCAUUAGCAUAUUUUUGGUGUGCUUAUGAAAUAUUGUCGUGUACUUUGUGGGAUUUAUAAUAUGUUUUAGACGAUUUGUGGUAUACAUAGGAGGUUAAUGGUAAGCAUUAGAAAUUCUAUUUUCUUUUUGAAAACGAAAGGAAGGUAAAUCCUUCAAUGUCGACAUUCAAAAAUCUCACUGAAAACAAUCAAACAUUCAACAUUAAUCUCAUAUCACUGGAAUCAAUGGCAAGAAUCAAUCAAAAUAAAUGGCAAAUCAAGACAUAUAAUCGAGCUGGAAUAGAGCUAGAAGAGAACGAAUGAGAAAAGAGUUGCGCAAAUCAAGACAUAUAAUUGAGCUAGAAUAAUAGAGCUAGAAGAGAACAAAGAGACAUGUUUUAGAGCUGCAGUAGGUCCCUGGUUGAAAUAAUUAAAACUCUAAACCCAUGAUGUCCCCAGCUGAAUAACAUGCUUCGUCUCCACCAUGCACACAAGGCCUCCACCAUGCGUACGAGAUCAGAAGAACAGAGAAGAUCUCGUUGCGGUGAAGUGCGGCAGCAAAGGAGGUAACGACGAGAGCGACACAGGGUUCCCCACCCAGAUCCAACUUUCCCCAACAGCGAGAUCCUCGUCACCACUUCUGCCGCCACCGUCGUCGCGAACACAAUCUGCCACCGUUGCCGCGAACGCAACACAAUUGAAUCGGAGGAAAAUGGAGGAAUAUAGAAAUUCGAAUCACAAACUCAAUUGCUAGCCGUCUGGAGAUGAUCUCAAAAUUCGAAUCACAAACUCAAUUUCCAGAUGAUCUCGAUGUCGUCGAAUUCAUCCAGGAUAGUGGCGGAUUGAGGAGCACUGCUUGCCUGAGAUUGGAGGAGAAGGAUCGAUGCCUCAAUUGUCGGAGGCGACGUUCUCGGCGGCGGUAGAAGAUAGGACCGAGGAGAAGCGGUCGGGAAAGGUAGGGGAGGAUAUCGAGAGUGAUCUAGGAAUUGAUAUAUUUUAAUUUAAUUUUUAUUUUAUUAGAUUAUGGGUAAGUUUACCCUUAUGCCCUUAAUGAAUCAUGUUGUUACAGUAACAACAAAGGGGUUGUUGUUAUUUUAUCUGUUCCCCUACAUAAGUCCUUUACAUACCUGAAAUAGUUCCGGGGAAAUCGAACCAACCUAAAUCCCAUUGAAAGAAACCCGGUGCCAAAACCAUAUUUUUUUUCUUCUUCCAAUAGAUCUCAUGAUUAAUGAGAAAGAACAAAAAUCCAAUGUUUGUACAUGAGGAAAUCGGUACACUAGAUAACCAAGUAAGAUAGUCGAACAUGUCAAAGAGAUGACCUAAAAUCAUAAUUUGGUCACCAACCUAGUUUAUAGUCCAGCCCACCUGACCCUAGGGCCCAAGCCACACCUCGACGGCCCGGCCCAGCCCUGCAGUAGUAAACUGUUAAGGCUGGCUUCUCGAAUAAUAAAACAUAAGUCCCAAUGGAGAGAACAUUCACCGUCUUUCGUCCGCCCCGCUCCGCUCCGCUCCGCUCCGCUCCUCACAUGAUCGGAGAUCUGGUUGUCCUCCAUCAGCAAGCUCUCACAGCUUAAGCAGACCAAACUUCCUCCCAUCCGACUUUUGAUGAAAACAUCGACCUCUACCUCCGCCGUCUUCUCGAUGAAGACAUUGACAAGAACGCGUUGUAGAUAAGUUACAUGUCAGUCAUUGGGGGUUUCUUGUUUGUGGUCGCAGACGAGGUUAUUGGUACUGAACUGGGUUCGUCUCGAAUUUUCCAGCGUGAGAACUGAGCGAAGCUUCCAUGGCUAGGGCUGAAUCGUCAGCACCAUUAUGUAUUAGUGACCUUCUUGCAUUUCACCAUCUACUGGAAGAGGUUUUGAUUCGCAUUCCUUUCCGUGAUGUGUUUCAGUGCAUGUCUUUUUGCUGCUCUGGCUUUCCUAUAUCCGAGAUAAUCCAUAUUUCAAGAGGCGCUUCAUUCUGUAAGGGAUUGAUACGGAAUCAGAGUUGAUCUUCUGCAGGCAGUGCGGUUCAAGUCAAAUGCAUCCUUAAUGGUUUGGAACUAUCCUUACAUUUCCUCCCACUCCAUGCCCGUGGGACAGUGGUUUUGGGAUCUUCCAGUGUCUUACUCUAGUGUUACUCUUUUGGAAAGUGGCUUACCAUGUAUUCAUGCUCCUAAUAUUUCCCUUGACCAAUUUAGGCUUGGUUUACCUACAAUCUUUACAUGAAGUGCAUUGAAAAAUGAAGUUGUAUUAAAAACCAGUAUUGUCUUAAGCCUUAGCUUGCAAAAAUUUUACUUGUUUCCUAACUCUUAAUUGAAAGAUUUGUGGAGAGUUUAGUUUCGCCGCCCACCUCUUAGCCAAUUGGCCGAUAGUACUCAUCCGUCUCGCUCUACUGAUGUCGUUCUAGUCCCGUGAUGGAAAAAUAUUGACGGGGUGAGACGUCACUCAAUGAGUAAAUAAUAUCCUAAUAUAAAUAUUAAUACGAAAUGAUAUCAUACUAUGUUGUGACUCGGAGUGUCUUCUAUCCAUUAGAUUCGGUGCAUAUUAAUCACUUGAUAACUUUACCUAUGUCUCACCUAUGUAGAUUUACAAAAAAUUUCUUCCCUCGUCCAUUCAACCUUUCACAUAUACGUUAUAUGUCAUACAUGAUUUAUUUAGGGUUUCACCUUUACUUUACCCUAGCUGGUGUUGCAAAUAGUUCAUAUUUAUUCUCUUACGCCAUACAGAAUUUUCCAUCAUAUCUAUGCACUUCUAUUAACACUCCAUCAUGGGAUGUUUUAUAUACACAUAACAUUAUACACAUUAGUCUCUCAUGGCAGUAUCAUAAUUAAAUCAACAUAUCAUAAUUGCUUACAACACAGUUCCCUGAUCAAUCAGUGUACCACUCGUCAUAGGAGAUUAUCACAAUGUACCUCAUAUACCUUCAUAUAACAUAUAUAACACAUCUACCUUAUUUCAUCCAAGAUCAACAAUGUAUCAACAUCCAAUCACUAGCUUUUAUCCUUUAAUUUGCCAAGUCAUGCACUCCCAGGGAUCUCGUGAACUCGUAAUCUCGUAGGCAUAAAGUGCCUGAUCUCAUAAACCUGUGGGCACAUAGUGCCAUAUCUCAUGAACUCCUACACUCGUGGGGCACAUCGUGCCAUAUCUCAUAAACUCGUAGCCAGGCCUGGCAUUACUCCUUAAAAGGAGUUAUCGUAUAACUCUUUUAUCUCUUAGGCUUGAAGCCUCUUUCCCCUUAUAAUGAGUGCAUGACAGGGCGCCAUUACGUUUGCUUUAGGUGACCAUAAAAAAUCUUAUAGUUAUUCACAACUCAAUAUAUCACUUGUGUGUCGCAAGGGUCAUUUCAUAUAACAUUCACUUGUAUAGCUCAUAGGCCAUUUUAUCUCAUCUAGUAUAAUUGACAAUAGGAAACCUUUCUUGCCAUUCUUUUAACUUGACAACCUCAAAUGGAUUAACAUACCAUAUACUCAUCACAUAAUAUCGUUUAGCACACAAAUAACAUGUAUUAUGACCUUCUGGUCAUACCAUCAUACAAUCAUUUCAUCAUAUCAUCACAUUAUCAUACAAUUACCACGACACGGUAACCUCAUCCAAUCAUAGGAUCAUUCAAUCAUUUCAUCAUCAUUCAAUCAUGUAACCAUCCCACAUAGCAACCUUCAAUCACAUUUGUGCUAAGUCUUACCAAGCCAUCAUAUACCUUGUACUCGGGCCGCUUCGUGACCAAAAUACCAUAAUCGUAUUAAGAUAAACAUUAGGUUAGAAUUUAUUCACAGUAUAAUUACUCAACUUUCUCUUUCCCUUUUGUCUUGACGAUUCUCUGGCUUGCUCUUUUCCUUUAAACCCCAUAUAUAAAUAAACUCAGUACACAUAUAUUGGCUUAAUGAUCCUGAAUUAGGAUACAUAAUUAGAUGUACAUAACUAAAUGUAUAAUCUACUUGUAUGCGAUUUGGGCAACAUAUAAACUCCCUUCUUUGACUUCUAUUCCCCCUUCUUCUAUUAAGUACACGUCUGUACAUACUUAUAUAUUUAAGUUUGUGAAGUAACUAUAUUGCAUGCAGAUUAAAGAGACAAUAAUUGG